GUUUAAACAAAAAGAGUUUGUCAUGUAGUUUGCAAGAAUAAACAUGACACUAAUCAAAAUCAGCUGUCAUUGCCCCUUCUUUUUUCGGCCGUCUUCAAGUGUAACCCGUGUCAGCGCAUCGUUUUAUUAUAGUCUUUAACUUUAUUAUAUUUCAGUUAUUAAGAAGUGACAACCUAUGAUCACCCUAUCAAUAUCACCAAAAUAUAAAACAAAACACUCGUCUUAACGGGAAAACAUGCAUCGGUGUAAAAUGUGUUUAUUUAUGCAGAGAGUACAGACUCUAGUUUCAGUAUAAUGUAACCUUGAGAUCAUAGAACAACAACAACAAAAAUGGAGGAAACUAAAAUGGAGCUGUUUUUUAAUAAAGUGAAAGAAAGUUUUGCUAGUCUUUUAAAAAGACUGAAAGCCAAUAGAAUAACACCAGAUGACGAAACAGUUCACAAUAUUUUCCAUUCUGUUCCAUCAGAUGUUGCCACUCACACAUCAAAAGAAAUGGCCCGAAGGGAAAUCAUUUCCAAAGUCAUUACAUCAUUACUGGGUCUUGCAGCAUCCAUAGGUGCAACUUACUGGUGUGUAAACUACAUGGUCAAUGCCAUGGAUCCCACGAAAAAAGAGAAGCAGAAAUCAAGAGAAAGAGCAGAAGCAAUGCUACAGAGGCUGGGAGUCACCAAUGUGAAGCUCACAGAUUAUGAGCUUUGCAUUGCUGCUAACCUAGUGGAUCCUACAGCCAUGACUGUUUCCUGGGAAGACAUUGGCGGCCUGGAAGAGAUCAUUGAUCAAAUACAAGAUACAGUUAUCUUUCCAUUCAGAAGGCGUGACCUGUUUCAGAGGUCUUGUUUAGUACAGCCACCAAAAGGUGUUUUGCUGUAUGGACCACCAGGUUGUGGGAAGACCAUGAUAGCAAAAGCAACUGCAAAGGCUGCAGGUGCCAGGUUUAUUAAUCUACAGAUCUCGUCCCUGGUUGAUAAGUGGUACGGCGAGUCACAGAAAAGAGCAGAAGCAGUGUUUUCAUUGGCAAUAAAACUACAGCCAUCAAUUAUAUUCAUAGAUGAGAUUGAUUCUUUCCUGCGCUCCAGAUCGGGUAAUGACCAUGAGGCGACAUUGAUGAUAAAGACCCAGUUCAUGAGUUUCUGGGAUGGGCUGAGUACUGAUCCCAGCUGUCAGGUGAUGAUAAUGGGCGCCAGCAAUCGACCGCAGGACGUGGACGCAGCCAUUCUCAGGCGUAUGCCAUGCAUGUUCCGUAUUGGCAUGCCGGCUAGACAACAAAGAACUGACAUUUUAUCCUUGAUAAUGGAAAAUGAAGAGGUGGAUGCAAACAUCGACUACACCAGACUAGGCGACCUCACGGAUGGGUUCUCUGGUAGUGAUCUACGUGAGGUGUGCAGGGUAGCCGCCCUCAAUAGGAUACACAGCUAUGUGGCAGACGCACGGCAGCAGUAUGGAAAUGAAUACUGUGAUCUAGUCCAAGGUGAAAUGCGCAAAAUAAGUUUAGACGACUUGGAGUUUGGGGUGAACAAGCUUAGAACAGCAAAACAGACCAUGGCAGGAUCUGUAUCACAGCUACAACUAGAUUAAGACUGACUCUUUAGCCGUGUUUUUCAUUUUAACAUGCAUUCCCUUUCUGUGAGACAAUACAUUCAUCUUCAUGCAAUGGUCACUAGUCCAUGAGUUUAUAACUUUUGCAAAGGAUUAAAAAUUGUAUUAAUGAAGAAAAAGAUUGAAUCAGUAUUAGUUAAGACAAACAGUCUCUGGUUGUAAUAAAUUUUGUCAAUGUUGUCUGCCCUAUUGCAUAACAUAACAUCUAUGGCAACAUUUUAUGGAGCUAUUAUUUAAUUGAUGGUUUGUGUGUUGUUGCAUGAUAAAAAUAUUGUUUAAAAAUAAAAUGCAGAUAUUUUAUGUUCAUUAUAUAGUUUGAAGUGUAAAAAAUAAAUAUUUGUCAGGUUAUUUAAUUGUGAGAAAAUCCUUUAUUUAUACAUAUAAAUAUUGUAAUGUUAUUAUUUGAUGGGUAAUAGUCACUCUGCAAUUUCAUUUGUGGACAAACAGAAACUAGGUUUCAAAUGUGCUUUUUAUAAUUUAAUAUUUAUAUGAAUGUUAUAUUUUGUUUAAAAUAAUUUAAUGGAAACAUAUUGUCUAUAAUAAAAAAAUGCUUGUAAA